AGAGCCUAAAUAUCCUGCUGUAAAGUGUGGUGAGAAGUACAGGAGGAAGCAAUGGAAACUGAUUCAAUCAGAGGACAAAAGUUUUGCUUCACCUUAGGACAAGUCACAGGGCUGCCUUCCUCAGAGCCAUAGCACGGCGUAUGUGUACUUCUGGAGGCAGGCAAAGCUAAUACAGGAUGCAAACCACUGUAUUAAACCAGCUCUUUCCAUAACUCAGAGGGACUUGCUCAUCAAUGGCAGGUGAUAUCACGUACGUGGAUGUGGCAAUGCUACCAAGGGAAAGACCACAGGUUCCUUCUCGGACAUCAGUUUCAGGAAACGUGAUCACAUACGCUGAGCUGCGCGUGAAGCCCAGAGCCGAAGGGAGCAGCAGAUCAGAGACUUCCGCUCCUGGCUGCCGAGAUGGGCGCUCAGCCUGGUUCUACGUGUCGCUGGUCCUGGGAGUCCUGGUGCUCGUCCUGCUGGGUGUCAUAGCUGCACUAGCCAAGCAAUUUUUGAAGAGCAGAGAAGGAAAAUCAGAAAGUUUAUCCCAGUAUGGUCUAAAUAACACUGGCAAUAACAUUUCUUCAGAGAAGACCGUCUCAGUGGUGCUCCUGAAAUGGCUCAUGGAGGAACUGUGUGAAGAUGUACAGGGAACAAUGUGCGAGCUGUGUCCUCCCGGGUGGCAACUGCACAGGGGGAGAUGUUACUACUUCUCUGAGGACGCUGUAAGCUGGGAUGACAGCCAGAGAAACUGUCUGGCCAGGAAAUCCCAGCUUCUUGAAAUUGAAGAUGAAAUAGAGAUGGAAUUUAUAGACAAUAAAGAGAAAGAUACCAAAUAUAUCUGGAUUGGUUCGAAGGUUCAAGACAUUAAGAAAGAAUGGAGUUCAGCUGAAGAUCCCGGAGUAAAUGCAAACAGGAUAGCCGAAAAAAGAACGGAGACCGACAAGAGCUGUGCUGUUUACAGAAGAAAACACAUUAUCCAAGCAGAUAACUGCCAGACUUUAAAGAAGUGGAUCUGUAAGAAGAAUGCAACUUUGUUGAUGCUCUGAGCCAAAUUGUCAGACUACAGGCGGAGCCUUCUGUCAGAAGACCCACUCUACUGACAAAACAGCAUGUGAUGUAAAUAAUUUUAUGAACCUUGCACACAAAUUUGCAUUUCACUGUUCCGUGCUCCCUAAGACUUCGAUGCAGACAGGGAGCUCAGAACUUGCCAGGUGCCAGUGUGAAGGUCACACCGCAGGACUGCCAGUCAGCAUGUGUGGAUUUGGGGGAUGCCAAGCCUUCCCACGGAUGGAUGUUGGCAGCAGUUGCCUCUAGGAAAGGGUAGGGGAGAAGAGGUACACACCUGAGGAUGAGCAGCGUGCGCAUGAACUGCGUGGUGUGCGGGGAAGAUGCCAUCUGUGGGGGCUGAAGAGUGUGUUGGAGCCCACUGCUGCUGUACAUAUCCCUCAGGCAGCUGCUGCUGAGCUGAGGUGCUUUUUACUUGGGUUUCAAG